AGUAAUUUGACAAAACAAGUUGCGUGCGUGCGCCAACACGAGAGAAAGACGAGUUGGGAAUAGAGGUAAUGCCCGAAAGUUCUCUGAAGAAACCGAAUGACUCGUUUACACAAAUUUUAAGCAACAGAGACACCGCUGGCUCGUCAGGUGGUUGACAAUGGAUCCCACCAGUGAGACCAAGAACUUGACCUCCAACCCCUCUGAGACCCAGACAGUGGAGCAACAAAGAAGCACAGGUGUCAGCUGGCUGCUGCUGGCAGCGGCCGGGGCGGCGUCCCUGAGCGGCCUGAUGCUGGGCUACGAAAUGGGCCUGACCUCCGGCGUCCUGCUGCAGCUGCGGGGCCUCCUCUCCCUCACCUGCCGCCAACAAGAGCUGCUGGUCAGCUCGCACCUGCUCGGCGCCCUCCUCAUCUGCCUGGCCGGGGGUCCCGUGUUGGACCGCUACGGCCGCCGCUGCUCCCUGCUCCUCAGCGCGGCGCUGGUGGUCGGGGGGAGCGUCGUGCUCAUGGCGUCCAGCUCGCUCGUCGCGUUCACGCUGGGCCGGGUGGUGGUCGGCAUGGGAACGUCGCUGUCGGGGACCGCGGCGUGCCUGUACAUCGCCGAGAUCUCGCCGAGGGAGAGGAGGGGCCUGCUGGUCACGCUGUACGAGCUGAUGCUGGUCGUGGGCGUCAUGCUGGGAUUCAGCUGCAGCUACGCCUUCGCCGCUCUGCCCAACGGCUGGGCGUACACGUUUGGGCUGGUAAUCCCCCCGGCGCUGCUGCAGAUGGCCGCGCUGGUCUUCCUCCCGCCGAGUCCCCGCUUCCUGGUCACCCGGGGCAAAGUGCAGCAGGCCAGGGUGGUGCUGGCCAGGAUGAGAGGCGGGACUGAGGAGCACUUGGAGAAGGAGCUCAUGGAUAUCCGGACGGGACUCAAGGAGGAAUCGGAGCACAGCUUCUGGGAGCUGUUCAGCUCCAAGGCCAACCUGCGCUCGCGGCUGCUCACGGGCGUGACCUUGGUGUUCCUGCAGCAGGCCACCGGUCAGCCCAACAUCCUCUCCUACGCCUCGCCGCUCCUGCGCAGCGUGGGCUUCGACAGCGACGCCGCGGCCACCUUGGCGUCCACGGGCUUCGGGGUGGUGAAGGUGGUCGGCACCAUCCCGGCCGUGCUGCUGGUGGACAGCGUGGGGCCCCGGAGCUUUCUGUGCGGGGGCGCCGUCGCCAUGGGAACGUCGCUGGUGGCGCUGGGCGCGCUGACGCUGCAGAGCCACACUAACCUCAGCAGCCUGUGCAAGAGUCACACCGGGUCCAACCGCACGCACGCGCCGUGGGACCUGAACGAAACCGCCGCGCAGCUGGGAAGCGGCGACAUCUUCGCCACUGACCACCCCCACCGGUGGAACAGCGAGGAGUCGCGGCGCGCCGACCGAGAGGACGGCGGGGUCGGGGGGGCGUCGGGACGAGGGUCUUCCUUGCUGAAGUGGGCGUCACUGAUCAGCCUGCUGGUGUACGUGGCGGCCUUCUCCGUAAGCCUCGGGCCAAUGGUCUACGUGGUUCUCAGUGAGAUAUUUCCGAUGGGAGUCCGAGGCCGGGCAGUUUCCGUGGUGUCGGCUGUGAACUGGGCCACCAACCUGCUCAUCUCCAUGACCUUCCUCACAGCUACAGAAAAGAUCGGUGUGGCCAACAUGAUGUUCCUCUACGCCGCCAUGAGCUUCGUUCUCCUGCUGUUCGUCAUCUUCUGCGUCCCCGACACCAAAGGUCGCACGCUGGAGGAGAUAUCCAAAGAGCUGGCUGAGAAGUAGACCGCCGCUUCCACGCAUUCUUAACGUUGUCAGUGUCAAAAAAGUCAAAUUUGUGAAGUGGACUGCUGCAGGAGCGCCAGAUAAGCACGUCCACAGAGUUUUUAGUUAGUUAGUUUUUUUUGACGGACCACAACAGAAGACCUCGCCCGAAGGAGAGCGGAGAGCAGGAGGGCCAAGAAGGACAAUGUGUAAGCACUGUUAAGACUUUAUGCACCUCACCCACACCACAGGGUUUCCUGCUGAUUCCUAUAUUGACGUCCUCGUUAUACUUGCUGUAUGUGGGUGAUGGGGGAAAUACAAGUGGGAAUGGAUGGUGGACUUUGCAUUCAUGGGAAAUAAUCAAAUAAUGGCGAGGAAUGUGUGAAUUAGCAAAAAUGAGGAUUUCUCAGGGUUCCGCUUGUUAAACGGCAGUAAAAAAGGAAACCGUAGGGAUUGAAUAUAUUUAUAUCGUAUCAGGUCCAGUAACGCAUUGUGCAUGAAGCCAACAUUUGACCACUAGCCUUUAAGGGGUUUUCCAUUUGGACAUGAUUACAAACUAGAGACUAGCGGUUGGAUUUUUUUCGCCAGAGAUGUUGUGCCUGGACGACAUUUGGUCAUUUUCCCUCUCGCAGCCUCACGGGUCAAAAAACGAAGCCAGCCUUUUGGACUAAGAUGGAAAACACGAUUGAGACACUGAUCACUUUAAACGUCCGUGUACGUGACACUAUUCAGCUGCUCUAUGUGACGUAAUGACAUUAACAGGCCUGCGGGACACACUGUCCACAUACAGGAUGUCCACCACAAGCUACGAGGGGACAGAUACACGGUGUCUCUUCCUUUUUACACGUAAAGAAAUGGUAAUGAAUCAAACCAACCAACAAGCAGUCAAGCAAAGGAAUACUAAACUCCUAUUCAGUUGUGACGUUGAAUGUAUUGUCUAACAGCUGGAAUGCAAAAAAAAAAAGUAUGAAAACUUAUUGUCUUGUUUGUUGAAAUUAAACUUGAUUAACAAGAGGGAUGUUUACUGGAACAAUUUACUUCUAAGUGGACAUGUUCAUGAAUAAAAUUGCACAUUUUAAAAUCUU